CACAUUACGUCCGGGUCCUUUGUAGCAUAUUUCUCCAAAAUAAUACGUCGUUUAAGUUUGUUGUUGUUACGUACUAGUCAGUAUCUUGUUUUUACACUUAUGGAAUUCGUUAAUUGAGAAUUUCCGAUUAGUUUUUUGAGGAGUGCUGUUAGGUCGAAUACUCGCCUGGCUCGCCAGCUAUCGCAAAUACAGUAGCUGGUUAGCUUCGACGAUAACGAUCGAUGUGAGGAGCCAACUCGACAUAAAGUCUCGAUGACCGCCUUCUUCCCUCUAUUUGUGAUAUGAUGUAUCCACCAACCAGAAAGGACUUCAUCUCUCUUACCCUCACUGACCCAAACUGCCACAUUUACAACAAUGGGAAACACCGCAAACAGUCGUGCUGGAGGAAAUGGAAGCAGCUGUCUCGGCUCCAGCGAAACAUUAUCCUCUUUCUUCUUGCACUCACCCUCGUAUUGGCCCUCAUGUCUUAUUCCCACAUAUCAAAGCAAAGGACAGGUUUAUCAAAAAAGGAAGACUGGAUGGAAAUGAUUGAUGAUGGGUUGAAGCCUGCAUUUCCUGAUGUAAAUCUUAAACCAGUUGUAGGUCCAGAUUCCAUGACUGAAGUUAAAGGACCAAACAUUCCAAUUUUUCAAAAACCUCCCAUAAAUAAGAGGAUAUUUCCAAACAAGAGAGGUCCACCAAGCCUUCAGAAAAAUGGUAAUGUUUCACUCACAUUUCUUGUGGCAAGACAAGAAGAAGUACAAGAUGCAGAGGAGGAAAAUGGGGAUAAACAAAAAAAGUUGGUCAGCUGGCGAGGAGCAAUAAUUGAAGCCGAUCAAGUCACUGAGCCUCCACCCUCAGCCAAUGAGAAGGAUGCUGCAGCCACCCCAGCACCAGAGAUUCUAGCUGGUUCUGUCCCAGUCACUGCUUCAUCUGGAGCUGUGGACAGGUUGGAGGCCGUACGUGAUGCCUUUAGACACGCGUGGAAGGGAUACAAGGACUACGCCUGGGGUCACGAUGAGCUCAAGCCUAUCUCAAAGUCUUAUAGCGAGUGGUUUGGUCUGGGUUUGACCCUCAUUGAUUCCCUGGACACGAUGUGGAUUAUGGACUUGAAAGAAGAGUUUGCAGAGGCAAAGCAAUGGAUAGAGAAGGAGCUCUCGUUCAACCAAAAUGUGGAUGUAAAUCUUUUUGAGACAACCAUACGUGUUCUUGGUGGUCUGCUGAGUACCUACCAUCUAACUGGAGACCAGCUGUUCCUAAAUAAAGCUAAAGACCUCGGGUCCAGGUUGAUGCCUGCCUUCAAAACACCCUCAAAGAUCCCAUUCUCUGACGUGAAUAUCGGGAAAGGAACAGCUCACCCGCCUCGAUGGACGUCUGACAGCUCUAUGGCUGAGGUCACUAGCAUUCAGUUGGAAUUUAGAGAGCUGAGCCGGCUCACUCAGGACCCCCAGUACAAGGAGGUUGUAGAUGAGGUAAUGAAGCAGGUUCACAAGCUUCCAGGCAAACACGAUGGUCUGAUACCAAUGUUCAUCAACACCAAUAGUGGCCAGUUCUCUCACAGAGGCAUCUACACACUGGGCGCCAGGGCGGACAGCUACUAUGAAUACCUGCUCAAGCAGUGGAUUCAGGGAGGCAAGACCGAAGAUGAGCUGUUGGAGGACUACAUUGAAGCAAUCAACGGAGUAAAAAAACACCUUGUGAGACAGACUGGGCCACGCAAAUUGACCUUUGUUGGAGAGCUGUCCCAUAAUCGCUUCAGUCCCAAAAUGGACCACCUGGUAUGCUUCCUGCCAGGAACCCUGGCACUGGGAGCUCACAAUGACCUUCCGGGGGACCACAUGGAUUUAGCUGUACAGUUGAUGGAGACUUGUCACCACAUGUACACACAGAUGGAGACUGGACUUAGCCCAGAGAUCGCUCACUUCAACCUGCACACCACUGAUAGUAAUGACAUUAUUGUCAAGCCUGCAGACCGACAUAACCUGCUGAGACCCGAGACAGUGGAAAGUCUGUUCUACAUGUAUAGAUUGACAAAGAACCCCAAAUACAGAGAGUGGGGAUGGGAAAUUCUGCAGAGUUUCAACAAGUACACCAGGGUGUCCGACGGCGGUUACACAUCGAUCAACAACGUCCGUGACCCAGAGAACCCGCAGCCUAGAGACAAGAUGGAGAGUUUCUUUCUGGGUGAGACAUUGAAGUACUUCUACCUGCUCUUCUCUGACGACAUGGAGCUUCUCAGUCUGGACAAAUAUGUCUUCAACACUGAGGCCCACCCGCUCCCCAUAUGGCCCACACCACCCAAGUGAUGGCACCGUACAGGAGAUUUGUACUUAUAUCAUGCUGUGGGGUCUUUGUAAGACUGGAAGCGUUCCUCAGUCAGGCGUGCCGCCUAGCUACUGACACCACUGGACUACUGUGCAGGCCAGUGACCCAGGUCUGUGCAGGCCACCUAUACUUUGGUACGUUUUUUCAUAUGGAGGAAUUUCUGUUAAAUGUUUCCUAAGGAAAAUGUCUGAGCUGGUCUCUUCUGUAAAUAAAUAGGUUUGGAAGUAGGACUGGGGCUUGUCAUGACAUCAGAAGGUCUUUUUCACCUGAGGGGCAUCAACAUUUCUUUGUUUGAUUGGAAUUCUUGACAUCAUUAAGAACGCUGUGAAGUUUUUAUUUAAACAGAUUGUUGGCAAUUACUGUAUGGAAUAUGACUCCUUGAAUACUUGUUAGCCCUUUGGAGAAAUUCAUCUGCUGUUUUAGUUCUGUCAGAAAUAUUCAGGAUCAGAACCAUGCAGUUCAUUGAGGUUCAUUACUCAAAAUCCAUCAGGCUUUACAAAAGCAGUUUCAAAUUUCAGAAUGUUAAUAGGUAGCCACUUCACUCAUACAGACAUAUUCAUGGUCUAAAAUAAUAUGAAUUACUGGACUGUACUCAAGGAUCACAAACAACUGCAGGUUUUCGGGAGAUUUGUGGGAUUAAGAUUCUGGGUCCAGCUCAAUCCCUGUUUUAGCGCGGGGGGGGGGGG